CGUUAACAGAUCAAACUCUCUGUUCCUCUGCUCGUGCUGGAUAUUUAUAUCUUUUUCGGACACGAAGAUUUUUCUAUCUUAUCUGAGCUGCGCGUCGAUCCGACAAGAACAUCUCCAUCUGAUCGUCCCCUCUGUUCCCAUCGUUAGGUUGCUCGCCCGUUUGGUGCACCGGUCCGAGAAUUUUUUCUCCUUCGUCUUCUUUUUUUGGCGAAAGAAAUUCUCUCUUGCUUCUCUCAUCUCUAUCUAGAGCAGCAGCAGCAAGCUGGAGCACUGCCACAGCAUGGCAGCCGCCGCGGCGCACAAGCCCCUGGGCGCGAUCACUGCCGACGACCUCGCCGCCGCGGCGCUGGGAUCGGACGCCGCCGCGCUCCACUCGGCGCUCCGGCGCGUUCUCGACUCCCGCGGCGGCGCCGCAGGCGCUGCCGCCGUGUGGAGGGAGCUCUGCCGGUCCGUGCUCCGUCCGGCCAUCCCCUUCGCCGUCCACCGGAUGCUGUACUACGGCUGCUUCGCCGGAUUCCCGUCCCCUACACCGCCCGCCUGGACCCCCGACCCCGAGGAGGCGGCCUUGACCAAUGUCGGCCGCGUCCUGGAGGCGCGGGGGAGAGAGGUCAUCGGCGAGGCGUACAAGGAUCCCAUUACCAGCUUCUCUGACCUCCACAAAUUCUCCAACGAGAACCCAGAGACUUACUGGAAGAUGGUCUUUGAGGAGAUGGGUGUUGAGUUCAGUGUGGAACCAUCUUGCAUCUUGAGAGCGAGUGAUGCAUAUCCCGGCGGCGAGUGGCUACCGGGCUCUGUGCUGAAUGCCGCAGUGAAUUGUUUGAGUGCUAAACCCGGGAGGAAUUCGGACGAUGCUGCCAUUGUGUGGAGGGAUGAAGGGAAGGAUUCUGAGCCUCUCAACAUUGUGACUCUUGAGGAAUUGAGGAAGAAAGUUUGCCUCGUGGCAAAUGCACUUGAUGCCCUGGACCUGCCAAAGGGAUCUGCUAUUGCCAUUGACAUGCCUAUGAAUGUGAAUGCUGUCGUAAUCUACCUUGCGAUUGUGUUGGCAGGCUAUGUGGUUGUGUCAAUUGCAGAUAGUUUUGCUGCACCUGCAAUUUCGACGAGGUUAAAGAUAUCAGAAGCAAAAGCAAUUUUCACUCAGGAUUACAUCCUUCGUGAUGACAAGGAACUGCCACUAUACAGUAGAGUUGUGGAGGCUAAAGCCCCUAUGGCAAUUGUGAUUCCUGUAAGGGGAUCUUUGCCAAUAAAAGGACUGCGUGUUGAUGACCUAUCCUGGCAAGAUUUCCUUGGACGGGUUAAUCAUACCAGGGCAGAUAAUUAUACUGCUGUUGAGCAACCUGCCUAUGCAUUCACCAAUAUCCUAUUUUCAUCAGGGACUACAGGGGAGCCCAAGGCGAUUCCAUGGACACAUAUAACCCCCCUAAAGGCAGCUGCUGAUGGAUGGUGCCACAUGGAUAUUCGUAAAGGAGAUGUUGUUGCAUGGCCAACUAAUCUUGGUUGGAUGAUGGGUCCCUGGCUUGUUUAUGCCUCCUUACUGAAUGGAGCUUCCAUGGCUCUGUAUAAUGGCUCCCCAAAUAGUUCAGGCUUUGCAAAGUUUGUACAGGAUGCUAAGGUGACAAUGCUUGGAGUGGUACCCAGCAUUGUUCGCACAUGGAAAAACACAGAUUGUACAGCAGGAUUUGAUUGGUCAACCAUUCGAUGCUUUAGCUCAACUGGGGAGGCAUCCAGUGUGGAUGAUUAUUUGUGGCUGAUGGGAAGAGCUGGCUACAAGCCAGUAAUUGAGUACUGCGGAGGCACAGAGAUUGGUGGUGGAUUUGUUACUGGAUCCUUGCUGCAACCUCAAGCGCUGUCUGCAUUUAGCACGCCCACCAUGGGUUGUAACCUGUUCAUUCUUGACAACACUGGGAAUCCCUUGCCACAAGAUGCUGCAGGUAUUGGUGAGCUAGCACUUGAUCCAACUCUAUUUGGAUCAUCAACAACGCUGCUAAAUGCUGAUCAUCACGAAGUUUACUUCAAAGGAAUGCCAGAAAGGAACGGAAAAGUUCUCCGUAGGCAUGGAGAUGAAUUCGAGCGUACUUCAGACGGAUAUUAUAGGGCUCAUGGGCGUGCAGAUGACACAAUGAACCUUGGUGGCAUUAAGGUCAGUUCCAUCGAGAUUGAGAGGAUCUGCAACAGAGUAAAUGAUGCCAUCCUUGAAACAGCAGCUAUCGGGGUUCCACCAAUUGGGGGUGGCCCUGAACAACUAACCAUAGCUGUUGUCUUCAAAGAUCAGAGCUCACAAGCAGAAGACUUGAACCAACUGAAAGUGGCAUUCAACACGGCUCUGAAGAAGCUGAACCCUCUGUUCAAGGUUUCGUCUGUUGUCGUGGUCCCGUCACUCCCAAGAACAGCCUCCAAUAAGGUCAUGAGGAGAGUCCUGCGCAAGGAGUUCACCCAGGUGACCCAGGCAAAGCAUUCAAAAAUCUAGAUGGUUAGAAAGAUUCUUCUGCAGCUGUACCAAAUUUCACGUAGUUAUACACCAAACUGUGCAUAUAGUCAUACAUACUCCCUUCGAAGUCCAGGUUUUUAGAUAAAUGAGCUGUAUUUCCUGCCAAUGUACAGCAAGGCUUUGUCCAUCUGAUCUAGGAUGACAGAUCAUUAUACAGUAAUAAAGCAUGAAUGCUAUCA